GAACAGUCGUUCACACUCGCAUCCUGUGUACAAGUAGAAACGAGAGAGAUAAGAGAGAAAAAGAUGGCUGCCGGAAAUGAAGAAUGGAGGAAAAUGGCAGACACCCACAAAAUGAGUCCAGAGGAAGUGAAAAGGGCUGGAGUGGAAGGAUCAAAAAGGCCACCUGGCCACAACCCUGGGGGUAUUCUUCACCAGAGGCGCAGCCUUCCUUUUAGCACCACCGGCAUGUUCCUCGGUGGCUUCCUCAUCUGCACCGCCAUUGGCUACUUCACCCUCUACACCCUGAAAAAACCCCAAGCCUCUGCACGAGAUGUAGCCAAGGUUGCCACCAAUAUGGCCGACCCAGGUGAUACAAAACCCAGGACGGGAACCAGUGCUAGCGCUGUCCGUUGAGCAU